GCAGGGCACCCGCACCCAAAACUCUUGCUGUAUAUAACUUUGAUGACAUUUACAAUUUCCGCCUGACAACUCACUGUGACGUCACAAGUGCCUCGCUCUUGAAUUUUGCAAUUCUUAGAACCCUCCAAGGUGGGGAUGGGUCUGAGCCGAGCUCUGUGUGCAGGGGUGUAGUACAUGCCAGGAAGUUGGGGAGCCUUAGCCCAGCACUGAACAUCAUGCCCGGGUUGCCUUUCCUUCUUCAUCUGAGACUCUCUUGAGGCCUCAUUCUGGGAACCAAAAAUAUUUUGAAUAUUCUGGGUUUUAAUUUUUUCCUCCUUGCCUCAGCAAAACCACUGGCUUUGCAUCCCCGAGAGUCACUCAUCGUCUGAGCUCCCUCCCCAUUCCAAAGCUGUCCGCAAGCCUUCUCCUCAGCUGAUCCUCAGCUACUUGGGGUAGAGGUGGGAGGCUUGGGGACCCAAAAAGCCAGAAAUGAUUUCUCCCAGAGGGAGCCUUAAGAGUCCCAGGCUGAGUGGGCUGGGACAGAGUGCUUGGGACCUAUUUUACUUUUUAACCUUCGGUCAGAGAAGUGAAUUGAGAAGCCAAACAAAUGCCAGUGUGAUGUGGCCGUUUGUGUCUGCUGAUGGUAGUAGCAGCAUUAAGUAGAGUGGCUGUAAGGCAAGGUCGGGCAGAAAUCUGGAAAGAGAGGGAGGAGAGAAAAUAUGACAGGAGUUAGCAGCGCCUUCCACGUACCUUUCUUCUCUGUUUAAUUGCAAAUAAAGUAAAAGCAGCUAGAGCAGCCUCUGAAGCUCUCAGCUCAAAGGAUGGGUCCCAGCCAGGCCUCUGAGGUGUUGGGGCAGUUCUCAGGCACUUGCCAUGCCCCAUCUGGCCUCUUCCUCCUUCCCCCCUGCCCACUGACCCCCAACUUUGUUCAGCUGGCCAGCCUCUGAUACUGUCCCCAAACUAUCAGCAGCCCCAGAUGGGGUCCUUUGCCAGGUUGGAUAUGUUGAAUUUCAUUUUUCUCCAUGUGUGUCCACCACGUCUGAACUUUGAAAAGAGGAAUGUUCUUUUUUGGAAUGCAGCUUGUGUAUGGGGAGCGAGGUGCUCAGACAACUUCCCCCACCAAAUGUAUGAAAAACUGGGGGUUUCUUGGGUGAGCUGUGCUUUGGUAGCUCCAAGCAGACCCAGUUCCCCGCGUUCAGGUUCUCUGGCAGACUCUGUAAUCCUUUUACUCAGGAUUCUGUGGAGAUCAAAGGAUCUUGUACACAAAACACUAGGCAUUUAGAGUAGGUUUUUUUUUUUAAUUUUAAAAUAAAACCAUCUAAUCAUAAGCCAGUCCGGCCAACUGAGCAGUUGCUUUAGAACAGCAAAGCCUAAAUCAAACAGUGCGAUUGCAAGGUGAGCUGAACAAUUAAUGAAACUCGGCUUUCUCUGCAAAAGGGAUUUCAGCCUCACCCAGUGGCACAAAAAAAGGCCAGCCGGUGGGGCAGUCGCUCCUCUCCCCGCCCUGAAAUCCAGAAUUAGGAAGAGGGGUAUGUGGCUGCAGUGGCUUCCAGGCUGUUAAGCACCCAGGCCAACCUCUGAGCUCUGCAGCUCCAGUGUCCGAGCCCCUGAGCUGCCUCCGGAGGCUGCGGGCUGUUGCUGGUGGCGCCGGCAGCCAGGCAGCCAGGAAUGGUGUCUCUCUGUGUGCGAGGCUGGGUGAGUCACAGCGUCCACGCAGAGUUGGGGGAUCUAGGAGAGAGAGUAGACCACCAGAAGGCAAACCAAGGGGACCUCUAGAAAAGACAGACGCCAAAUAAAAAUUCCAGAUCUCCUCCCUUUCAUAUCAGACACCCUUCCCCACGAAAUUGAUAGAUUUCCCACUACAGAGUAGAAAGCAAAGACAGGCAAGGUGAGGCCUGUCCAUAAACCCCUUCAGGGCCAGAGGCCAGUCCUGCUACCUCCGCCUCAGUUCAGAGCUACACAGGGCCCCAGCUCCUGAGCCAGGAGCUGGGUGAGGUUGGAGCAGGAACAGUGAGACUUGCCCCGGGAAACCCCCAGUGUCCAGCGUCCAGGGCAACCCUCAGCAUUGGGGACUCCAGGCCAGUGACUGCUCCCCACUCAGGCCAUGGCGCCUGCAGUGAGUUCCUCUCCUAUAAUUAGUGCUCAAGAAAAGCAUGUGUUUUGGAUGGGGGGGGUGUAAACUGGAGCAGCUAGCAGCAACUCCCCCCCCCCUUUAUUCCUUUUCUGUGUUUUUAGAAUUCUGUUUUUGAAUCCACUAAUUACAACUUGGAAAGCAAAAAUCUGCUCUUGCCGCCAGUUCCCUCCUAAUGCCUGAUUUGGGAGGCCGAAGGGGCAGAGCAACUCAGAGACCUGCGGGCCUGAUGGGGGGUGUUCUCUGAUUUCUCUUGGCUCAUUUUAUAGAAACAAAGAACAAGUUCUCCCCCCACACACACACCCGCCAGGACUUGAGCAUAUUUACAGAGCUCAACUGCAGUUUUAAUAAAACAUCUGUUCUUGCUUCUGCUGAUGAGUUUCCAUAAUUGUUUUCAGACAAAUUUAACAGGAAAAUAUAAAUAUAUAUUUUUAAAAGCCCCAAUCCUAGCUUUCCCCCCAUAGAAAGUGGUUCUUUUGCUCCCAAAAUAGAAUUAACGUGAAAUAAGAAAAGGAAAAUACAACCCUAUAGAGGGAAGAUCGGACUCAUUUGACCUGCUCUCCCCCCUUGGAGCGAAUCCUGCCAGCACAUUUCAGCUGCAUCAUUAAAGAUGUAACUGAAAGAGGAGACUUCUUUCCUCAUGAGCCGAAGGUGAGGGGGACGGAUGUGUUGGAAAUUAAUUUUACUGAGUCUUUAAGUAGUGGGGGAAUUUAUUUGUAUUUCUGCUUCCCCUUGUCUCCCCCUUCCAGCAUUUCUGCCUUUUUCCCCCAGCAGCUGGUUUCUGUUCAUUAUAAACCGGCAAGACCUUUCGGUCUCUGCCCUCUGUUUAGGGACGUCAUAAAACACUUAACUUUCUGGGGCUGAGACUUACAUUCUGCUCCUCAGGUUGCCCACCCCCACGACCAGUGCCUUUAGGCCCCAAAAGAGACUCUCCCCAACUUUGCCGCCCCCUCUCCCUGCAGACUGGGCUUGGGAGGAUGCCCCUCUCCCAGGCAUCCUUGCUAGGGAGCUGCAGCAGAAGCCCCUUCUUUCUUCCCAGGUCUUUCCUUCUCCCACCCACCCAUGAAAGAGAUUUAAAAAUACGUAGAAAAUCAACACUCAUUGAAAGCAAAACCUCAUUAAGGCAUCCUAUCUUCCAUCAUUCAAUUUGUUGAACAUUGCAACAAUUUAAUAUCUUGAAGGAAAUAUCACUGACAUGAUUUAUCCCUCUAGCAAUCUCUCUCCGAAAUGGGGGUGGUGGUGGUGGAAUUUACUCUCUCUUUUGGCCUGUUCUACACAUGCUACCUCUCCCCCUUAGGGCAGAAAUGAGGCUGGGAGCUCUGAGAGGGUUUGCCUGUGUCCAGGGGUGCACUGACUUGUUCCUUAGCUCAGCCCUCUGGGAUUUCUCUCGCCCAGCUCUCUCUCCCUCUGCAUCUUGCCCUCCAGGGGGCCUGGAGCCCCAGCCAGCUGUUGGAAACCUCUGCCCAGGCAUGCCAUGAAUUCGAGGACAGCUGGAUUCGAGACCGAAAAGCCAUUCACGCUGGUGUCUGUUUGUGUACCUGCCAUGUCACCCCCAAUAUGAGAUAACAUCUCAAAAUUUCCCUCUUAUUUUAAGAAGCUUCUCUACCCUUUUACCUUCAUCUCCUCGGGGAGAACAAAGUAUGGUCUAAGAGGAGGAACCUUUCUAAUUAUAGGGGUCUCACCCCCACCCUUUUUAAUGGCAACAAAUUCCCCUCCUUGCUGCACGAUGGGGGAUGUAGUUUUAAGACACAACACAAAUCGUCUGGCAGGAAGACUCUUCAAUUCCAUAACGAGGUUCAUGUAUUAACUAACAUGUUGUCUCCACCAGCUCCUACACAUUGUCUGCUUUUGGGUUCAAAACUUUAUUUUUCCCCCCUAGCGACACUCCAGGGAAACCUUAACGUUACAGAAGAUGAAUAAACGAGUUUUUUCCCAGCGUAGUCCCGUUUAUGGCUUUAUUGCUACCCAUUGAUUACUCCGCUUUGUUACACAGAAGGAAAAGAUCAUAAAAUCCGGCGACAUCCGGGUUCUUGUUAUAGCCAGUCCCCCCCAAAAAAAAUGGGAGGGGAAAAUAUGAGCUUUCACUGCUUGCUCCCUCUCCUCGCCCCAUCGCCCAUUCUUUGUCAACUCAAAGCAUUUUCAGCCUAUGUCACGAUAUCAAAUUAAGUUUGGAUUAAUCAGGAGAAAAACCCCAUCUGCACACCUUCCGCUGGUUCAGCUCGCUCCCUGCGGCUCCCUGAGAAGUCUCGGCCUCAGCUGCCUUUCCCUAACCUCCUCUUCCUUCUUCUCAGCCCCAAGGUGGAAAACAUGGGGGUAGGGGCUGCUGAGAGGCUGGGCCCCACCAGGUGUGGCGGGUCCUUGGGUGAGAGCCCUUGGCUGGAAUCUCCCAGCCCCAGAGCUCUGGUCCUGGGGCGCCUCCCUUGGCAGGGCAGGGUCUGGAGGGGCCAGGGGGCUUCUGACCUGUGCAGGGGCUUUAGCCUAACUGUCCAUCAGAGCCCCACCAGCCUUCUCUGGCAGGAUCCUGUGAAUUACCCCACCAGCCCUGGCUGCCUCUAAAUCAUAAAUUCUCACCAACAUAAACAGGAGUUGAUGUGUCUAGUAAGACUCUCAGAGUUCUUUCUUCUUCCUCUCUCUCUCUCUCUCUCCCACCUUUACUGCUUUCUCUCCUUUUUCUAUUGUAUUUUUGUACAUUAUUCCCUUGUAGGCAAAAAUGCUGUAGGAUUCCCCCCACCAAAAAAAAAAAAAAAAAAAAAACGGGGGUCCUGAGGAGGCAGAGGGGCUUAGGAGGAAAAGGAAAGCAAAUGUAUAGCCUGUGUGUCCACUUGAGCUCUGCCACUGCACCUCAAAGUCUCACUGUCACCCCUUUAGUCUGCAUUGUUUCCCACAUCCCUCCUGUACCCCAAACUCUCAGUCACACUCUCCUUCCGCUGAAAGCCACGUUUUAUUCCAUUUCUUUCUACUUUUGAUUUUUUUUUAAUUGCUGGGAAAUGAUUUAGUGAUGAAGAUCACUCCAAGAGUGUCAAAGCAGGAUUUCUGGUAGGAUUUCUGGGGGUCCCCCUGAGUAGGGAGGGAUCUCCUCCCAGAGAGAAAUCAGGGUGUGAUUUUAGAAGGGGGGAAAUAUAGAUGAAAUCAGAUUAAAAAAAAAAAUACAGACAGGGGUUUCUGCAGCCCUGACUCUGGCCACAGCACAGCAAAGUUAGCUGCUGGGGCUGAGGGACUUCCUGGGCGUGCAGCUCGCCUGCCUUUGGCCGCAGGGCCCUGCUCGCCGCCGGUCCCCCUUCCUUCACCUCCAAAUCAGUUCUCUUCCAUAUAUAUUUUAAAAAAGAAACCCAAGUCUUACUUUCAAAGCACACACUUAGUCUCAACUAGGGAAUCAACAGAAGCAGAAGCGAUUUUUUUCCCCCUUCUUGACAUCUGGCUCGCGAUUGGCUGCAAGAGGGUCAGCUGACUUUGUCAUUUUGUCUGUCCUGGAUUGGAGCCGUCCCUAUAACCAUCUAGUUCCGAGUACAAACUGGAGACAGAAAUAAAUAUUAAAGAAAUCAUAGCCCGACCAGGUAAAGGCACAGGGAUGAAUUCCUACUUCACUAACCCUUCCCUAUCCUGCCACCUCGCCGGGGGCCAGGACGUUCUCCCCAGCGUCGGCCUCAAUUCCACCGCCUAUGAUCCAGUGAGGCAUUUCUCGACCUAUGGAGCUGCCGUUGCUCAGAACCGGAUCUACUCGACUCCCUUUUAUUCGCCACAGGAGAAUGUCGUGUUCAGUUCCAGCCGGGGGCCGUAUGACUAUGGAUCUAAUUCCUUUUACCAGGAGAAAGACAUGCUCUCAAACUGCAGACAAAACACCUUAGGACAUAACACACAGACCUCAAUCGCUCAGGAUUUUAGUUCUGAGCAGGGCAGGACUGCGCCCCAGGACCAGAAAGCCAGUAUCCAGAUUUACCCCUGGAUGCAGCGAAUGAAUUCGCACAGUGGGGUCGGCUACGGAGCGGACCGGAGGCGCGGCCGCCAGAUCUACUCGCGGUACCAGACGCUGGAACUCGAGAAGGAAUUUCACUUCAACCGCUACCUAACGCGGCGCCGGCGCAUCGAGAUCGCCAACGCGCUCUGCCUGACCGAGCGGCAGAUCAAAAUCUGGUUCCAGAACCGCCGCAUGAAGUGGAAAAAAGAAUCUAACCUCACGUCCACGCUCUCAGGGGGCGGCGGAGGGGCCUCGGCCGACAGCCUGGGCGGAAAAGAGGAGAAGCGGGAAGAGACAGAAGAUGAGAAGCAGAAGGAGUGACCGGGACGCCCCGCCACCCGCCCCUCGCCCCGAACCCCUCCAGAACCACACACUCCGUAUUUAUCACUGGCACAAUGGCUGUGUUUUGACUCCCUAAAACCAAAUUGAGGAGGCAGAUGUGGACCUGAAAGUCAACUCUGGACCCCCCCUCCGCACAAACUCUCGCCACCACGCGCCUCCUGCUCCCUGCUCCCUCCCCAGCUCGCUCGGCUUGUCUGCAGGCCCCUUCCCGGCCGAGGCCUCGGGGGUCGGCCCCUGAAUCUCACUGCGGAGCCCCCGUCUCCCUCCGCAGGAGACCUGGGCCUCCAGCCCCCUCGGCGCCCCCCUCUCUCCCCGCAGAGAGCCGGGUCCCGGGUCCCGGGCCUCCACUCCGGGCCUCUGGGCCCGGCCAGGCCGCCGGGGAGGGCGGGAGGCCCGAGGAGGGCGAGUCGUGGCCCCACAGCCACCCCCGGCCCGCCCCCCACCCCAGCCGCAGCCCCUGCCCUCCGCCCCAGCAAAUGCCCAGCCCAGGCAAAUUGUAUUUAAAGAAUCCUGGGGGUCAUUAUGGCAUAUUACAAACUGUGACCGUUUCUGUGUGAAUAUUUUUAGCUGUAUUUGUGGUCUCUGUAUUUAUAUUUAUGUUUAGCACCGUCCGUGUCCCAAGCCCAUCUUGAAAAAGGAAAAAAAAAAAAAGAGGGAAAAUUACAAAAAGAGAGAAAAAAAGUGAAUGACGUUUGUUUAGCCAGUAGGAGAAAAAAUAAAUUAAAAAAAUCCCCUCGUGUUACCCUCCUGUAUAAAUCCGACCUCUGGAUCCGUUCUCGAAUAUUUAAUAAAACUGAUAUUAUUUUUAAAAGUUUAUAUCGGGAUUUCUGUGAAUUCGCUCGCCCGCCGACCUGGGGUGAAAGUUGGAGCA